AGUGUAAUAGAUGCACCUUGAUUUACAGGAAAAUCAUGGAACAGAAGAAAGGAAUCGCCUGGACUGAUUUGUGGAAAAAUUUCAUAGUGUUGAAUCAGUUUCACUGUGUGGUCAUUCCCUGGCUUAAAGGAGGUAAAAUAUUUAAAGUGGCAGAUGGAAAGGAUUUUGCUUCACAGAGAGGAUGAAAUCAAGUUUUCCUUUCAUGAAUAAGCUGAACGCCGUCUUCUCUUGUUUGGGUUGGAUGCUUAAAUGCUUCUACCAGGUCUUCUAUAUCAGAAGUCGAUAGCUAAAACCAAAAUAAUUGAAGUACCAAGAACUGCAGCCAGUUCAGGGAUUGUAAGCAUCCAUUCACUUCGACCACUGGAGGAAAUUCUGUUGGAUAAAACGGCCGGUCACCCAUCAAGGGAGGGAGAAGCAACAACCAGGAGAAAAUCAGAGCGGUCAAAGUCAGCAGGAUGCAUCCCUAGCCAUCAAGAUGGAAAGACAUUGAGGCACAACUCUGAACUCUUGAAACUAGACAUCAAAAGCUGGCUGAGUGAAAAGUCAGCCAAGAGUAUUCAAGAGAAAACUGAAUAUGAAUCAAGCACAGUGCGAAAUCUAUACAACACCUUAUUAGAUAAUGAAACAGAACUAGUAGAGAGUGUUGAUGAUUAUCUUGCUGAGACUGAAGAGCUCCAAAGGCGAAAGAGGUAUCUUCUGAUGAAAGACUGGACUGAAAAUGUUUACAACCCACUAAAGGCAAGUAUAGACAAAGAAAUGGAAAGUAAAAAUUAUAGAAGACUUGACAAAGGGAAAAGGAAGAUUUACAAAGAUUACCUUGCUUACAGCAACAGAAAAGGAAAUGUUUUUCUUGAUACAAUGUCAUACGAGGAAUAUGACCCUCUCGCAAUCAGUGGACAUCGCCCGGGACCAUUAAAAGUUGUCAUGAAGAAGCCCAGCGACCCCUUACAGUUUCAAGCCGCAAAGCGAGAUGAUGAAGAAAGGGUCGUAAUCUCUUGUCAAACGGGUCUCGAGUUGACAGAUCGUGAAAUAGAACAAUUCCGACUGCCACCGUUGCCGUUAGUACCCCUCGGACGACAUGGCACUGGGUGUGGUAAGCUGUUAGAAAUGGAGCUACAUGACAUUCAAAGCGAUGUUAGACAACGCAGUCAAAGAAGAAUGCUUGGAAUCAGAACAAAUAGUGACAUUGAUUUUGAAGCUUGGCAAGAUGCUGCAUUGGAACCUAACGUGAUUGACAAAGAACUUCGUUCUAGGAAAAAGAAGCAGUUUCAAGAAAAACACGAAAGCACUAUUCUUCUAACAUAGAAAUAAGUGUAUAGGGCCUAGUUUUUUAAUGAAUAAUCCAUACUGAAUAAAUUUUUUUAUCAUAUAUUUACAGGAGAAUUUUGAAAAAUAUAUUGAUUUUAUGAAUCUUGCUUAGAUUUUUCAGAAUGUUUGAUAGUUUUGGAG